UAAAGUUAAAUCAUCUCCAGUGCAUAAAGCUGUUAGAUCUGUACAGAUGAAGGAAGUCAAGACAAAAAAAGUUAUUGAUGUCGAUGAGAAAGGUCUGAGAACUAUUUUAAAAAAUUUUGGAGAAUAUCCAGAGAAGCAUAGAUUUUUCAUUUGGUCACAAUUACUAAAACUCCCUCGCAAUGAAGAAGCCUUCAAAAUACUUCAUCAAGAUUCAUUCCAGGUUAAAUCUUUUGUGAAAGAUUAUUCAUUUAUGAACCCAGGUGUUCAAAAGACUUUUUUAAGAUUGAUGUCUAUGCUUGCAUGUUGGCUUCCAGUAAUACAAGAGAUGGACUACAUACAGUGUUUAGUUUUCCCUUUCAUAAAAGUCCUUCAUAAGAAUGCAGUUUUAUGCUUUGAAAUUUUGAUCACAUUGAUUAGUAAGUUCAUAAUGUUUCAUCCUUUAUAUUGCACAGCUUUGUUCAUUUAUUAUUUAAAUUGCAUUGUAUUGUUCAUUUAUCCUUUGUAUUGCAUUCCUAAAAGUUUAGAUUAA